CACCCCCCACCCCGCCCCAGCACUCCCUUUCUCUUCUCCACUAUGGACAGAGCCUCCACACAGCAGCUGCCUGCCUGCCACAGACCCAGCUGACAUGGGGAGUGUCGGAGAAACGCAGCUGUGCUGGGCCAUCCUGGGCUUCCUCCUGCUCCAAGGCCACAACUCCCUGCCCACGACAACUAGCCCUCAGGGAAACCUCAACAGUCAAAAUCUAACCCCAGGGCCAACUUCCCCUAAGACAGGAGACAGUCCUUCCACAAAGCCCAACAGUUCAAGCCCUCUGCCCAGCGCCAGCACCCCAGAGAAGUCCUCACAGGUCCCCACGACUGUGUUAGCCGGUAAACCCGUGACUCUGAGUUCCAGCACCAUGGCUGGUCACUACCCAUCCUCGCUGGGCCUGACUUGGUCCCAGCCACAGAAGCACACAUCAGGACUUGGCACGGGUGUUCUAAGCGGCGACAGCAGCAGAGGCAGCACAAGCGGAGACACUUUUCACAAUGUUACUCCCAAAUCAUCUACCAUGAGUUUGAGGACAGGCGACUCGACCAUCCUGCCCAGCCCCACGUCAGAGACAGUGCUCACUGUGGCUGCAUUUGGUGUCAUCAGCUUCAUUGUCAUCCUGGUGGUUGUGGUGAUCGUCCUGGUCAGUGUGGUCAGUCUAAGGUUUAAGUGUCAGAAGAACAAGGAGUCUGAAGAUCCCCAGAAACCUGGAAGUUCAGGGCUCUCUGAAAGCUGCUCCACAGCCAACGGAGAGAAAGACAGCAUCACCCUCAUCUCCAUGAAGAAUAUCAACAUGAAUAACAGCAAAGGAUGUGCCUCAGCAGAGAAGGUUCUUUAAAAGCAAUCAUGGGUCCCCAUGAAUCUGAGGAUGAUGCAGCUGCCCUGUGACCUUAAGGAGGAAAGCGAUGGGAUCGGUAGAGGCCAUGAACCAAAUAGAAAUUAUUUUAUUGUUUCACAUCUACCCCCAGAUCUAAAGGACACUAGCAUUCCUCCAGAUCUGGGAGCAAGCAGCCAGUAUGAGAGACUCUUUCCCAUACGGACAAUCACCCUAGAAGAACAGCCUGCCCCUACCACCUUCUCAGAGUCACAGGAAGGAGUCUUUAGAGCCAGAGCAAGGAAAAUGACGAAGUGAAUUGGUCCCUUCUACUUUGCAUUAAAAUUAUUUUCUGGCCUGCA